AUGGUGUUUGGUGGCGUGUUGAACGCCAUUCUGGCGGUAACGACUCUCACUUUGAGGUCAACGGCAAUCUUGUUCACCAGAUUCCACCCUCUCGGAAAGAGAUAUCUCAAUCGCAUCUAUGGGAAUGCUGCGCUAUAUGCACUUACACUAUUGGUCAGAUUUCUGUUGCUCAACUCAAAGCGGGCUUCCAAAAAGCGCCACCCAUGGCUGCUUUUGCUCCUGGGCUGGGUUGACCGGACAUCACCAUUUGCAUCUCUGGUCACUGUUCUUUUAAAUAUUCUGUCUUUGGGGGCCGUGUUGGACUUCAUUUAUCGAGGAAGUUUACUUCACCAGAGCUACGAUCUCACUUUUUCACGGAUGGGCUAUGUGGACGAAACUUCUGCGCGGGUUGUGAUCAGAGCGCCAAACCUCUCAACAAACUAUGUCGAGAUCAGUUGGACGUCUCCCGGGGAAGGUGGCAAGCUAGCCAAAUCGCAAACGGUUAUGGUAAAUAAAUCGGACGAUCACACAGCCACAUUUCUGCUCGACGGUCUGAAGCCAGACACGCCGUAUACCUACACCACAAACGCCAGCCACGCCGGUUCAUUCAGGACCGCAGCCCUCUCCCCCAAGCGCUGGAGUCUCAUCUCGACCAGCUGCAUCAAGCCCUUUUACCCGUACAGCCCUCUAGACCAUGGCUUGCGCAUCGCAGGUUUGGAGCACUUGGACCACUAUGUCUCGGAGAACCAGCCAGACAUGAUGCUCUUCCUGGGCGACUUCAUCUACAUUGACCUGCCCGUGGCCCUCGGCUGGACGCCAGAGCACUACACCACCGCGUACCGCCAAGUCUACGCCUCGCCCAGCUGGUCCCCCGCGCUCCGCUCCACGCCGUGGCUGCACGCCUACGACGACCACGAGAUCAUCAACGACUGGGCGGCGAAUGAGACGGGUCUCUAUCAGUCCGCCAUGAGGCCAUAUUGGUCCUAUCAAGGGCACGCGAACCCGCCCUCGCCGUUUGGCGUCGGUAAGACGCACUACACCUUCCGCCGGGGCGAUGUUUCGUUCUUCGUCCUGGAUACGCGGCGCUAUCGAUCGGCUGAGAACAUGGACGACGGGCCUGGCAAGACGAUGCUUGGCGCGGCUCAGCUGGACGACCUACGAGAGUGGCUUGAAACAGAAACAUUGUGGAAAGUCGUGGUGAGCAGCGUUCCGUUCACGCGAAAUUGGAGGGGUCCCGAUGCGGCCGAUAGUUGGUCGGGAUAUCUGUGGGAGAGAGACGUGAUUUUGGAUCAGAUGAGACAGACGGACGGAGUUAUCAUCUUGAGUGGGGACCGGCAUGAACACGCGACGACGAUCUUUCCACCCACGACGGACGAGGGUGGUAAGUCUGUGAUUGAAUUUUCUACCUCGCCCUUGAACCAGUUUUAUGAACCCUUUGAUCGGUUCCACAGGCAGAUUGAGGACACGGACGUUUCCGUGUAUUCGCAUCCGUGGGGAAACUCAAAGUUUGGCAGAGUGUCUUUUGACACGUCGGAGGAGGGUCGUUGGAGGGUGGAUUAUGAGCUUGUCGUUGACGGGCGUAAGGUGUGGAACUACACGUGGGAAUUCACUAGGUGA